CUCGGAAAGGGAAUCGACGCCGGCCCUCCAGGGAUCGACCUCCCCGUCACGUCGGCAAAAUGCUGUGCGCGAAUCCCGAACAGGAAGGGAACAACGGCGUGAUAGUCUCGCAGGUCCCGAACAACCACGCGCCGCAAGAUUUCACGGUCUCGAGGCUGCUGGCGACUUCGAAUCAUUCUCUGGAAUGCAACGAGAGCGCGACGGCGGCGGCCGCGAACAGAAGGCCCAGGCGGAGCAGAACGACGUUUUCGGCGCAACAGUUAGCCGCUCUGGAGAGGGUGUUCGAGAGGACGCACUACCCGGACGCGUUCGUCCGCGAGGAACUGGCGACGAGGGUCUCCUUGUCGGAGGCUAGGGUCCAGGUGUGGUUUCAGAACAGACGCGCCAAGUUCCGUCGGAACGAGCGCAGCUCCGCUAUCAGCCGAGGCGUCUCCUCGGCGAAGGAGAUGGAGGCCGCGCUGCCCUUGCGGCCGAUCAGAGUGACGCACCCCCAGGAGAACAGCGCGGAGAGCCUGCAGACCGCGCAAAUGACUCAGUACCCGUACGGCGAGUACUGGAGGUCGUCGCAGCACUACGCGUCGAUGCAGACAUCAUCGAGCUGCCACGGGUUCAUCAACGGGAACUUGGGGAACAUGAACAUCCCCUCGUAUCACCAUCAGACGGACAUCCACGGAGGACUGGAGGGGUCCGCGAUGAACAGUCUAAACGCGCUAAGGUUCAGGACUCAUCCGUACGGCACCACGUAUUCUGCAAUGCACGCGAGCAUGUGAGAGAGAAAGUGUUUCGUAAACCCUCGAGCCCCGAUGAGCUGGCCACCCUCUUACGCAUCAUCGGACACCAAAGCUUUUAAUUUUAUUACGGAAACGCUUAAUAUAAUUUAUACGAAUUAGCUGCGCGUAAGCGGAUGGAGAACGGAGGACCAAUCGAUCGCAACUGCAUGCAAAUUAGAGUUUAAGCGUCGAACACAGGGUAAAGAGAGUACUGUUAUUUUGUAGAACUGGUACAGAGUAAUAAACGGUAGAAAUCGUGAAUGUAUUAUGUUGUCGAUAUACAAGAAAUAUAUAUGCAGCAAAAUAUGGUAGUCUAAUCUACGAAACACGCAAUGUAUUCACGUUAAUACCUUAAUAUGUUAGUUGUGUUAAUAUGUUAGUA